UACACUAUAUGUUGUUUCACGGAAAAUUAGUUUUGUGGCAUAUAAUUUUGUUCCAACACUGAAUUAUUACUACCAGUGACCACUUUGUCAAGAAAAAAACAGGUACUAUAGCCACUUCUAUGAAUAUAUCAUCGCUUGAGAAGAGCAUUCUUAAAGAUGUAUCUUGGAUUGUCAAAUUGAAACUACUAAAAGAAUUCACUGAAACACAGACGGACAAAAUAAGGAGAGUGGGCAUUGCGUCAUUGAUACUUCCUAGACAAUCAGUUUAUAGAAUGAAUAUAAUAGACAUCUACAAAAGAAGAACUCAUGUAAAACCUUUUAGUAUACCUAAGAAAAAUACUGAAAUUAAUCAUAUUUUAAAUAAUCGUAAAGGAAUAAUAGCAGGAGAAAUGAGUAAAGACAAUACUAAAUUAGCAAAUCCUAAAACUAAAAACAAUAUAGAAUAUAUGAAAUAUUACAAUGAGAACCAUGCUGUUUCAUCUGAAAACGUAGAUGCAAAUCAAUUAUUACCAAAUCAUAAAACAAGAAAAGAAGUGUCUAAUACAUAUUCUCAAAGGAAUAUCAAAAGUCAAGAAGCUAUUAAAAGUGAAACAUUAUCUGAAGCAGCACGUUUUAAAGAGAAUAGAAAAGCAUUAUUAAUAAAAAGACAACAAGACAGUGCAGAAACUACAACAACACUAUCAGAAACGGAUACUACAGAAGAUACAGACAUGAAAAUGAAACUGUUCAGACUAAUGUACGAAACUGUCAAAGAUAGCGAUUUAAAAACAAAAAGGGCUGAACUUUUUCAGAUGUACUAUCAGAAUUCAACGGGCUUCCAAAUAGGUUACCUUAUGGGUGAUCUGACUGAUAAAUUCAAUGUAAUGACAGAUAUAUCUUUGACAUUAAGCAGAUAUUAUGAUGAGUGGAAACCAAUUGAACACAUAAAUGCUUAUGAGCAAAUGUCGAACGAUGCAAUAGAAAUAAAUCAUAUGGUUGAUUUAAUAUUCCACGUUCAUAACACUAAUGCUACAAGUGAAUAAUAUGAUUUAUUGCGAAUAGACUGCGUUCCGGACACAUUCCAUUAAAUAAAUUUGCUUAUUUAAUGAAAAAAAAGAUAUCCCCUAAUUGUGAAGCUUGUGGAAAAGAAGAAGAUCUGCAUCAUAUUUUAAUGGAAUGUGUUCGUAACGCAUAUAAAAGAGAAUAUACCAUCCAAGCUUUAAUGUUAAAUAGGUUAGACGUAGGAGUAUUCCAUGAAAUAUUGGCAGAACCAGCUUCCGAUGCAGCCAAGUUAUUGUUCUGGAUGGUAUCAUAUUAGAUUAAGUUUUUUUAGUUUAUUUUUGUUAAUUAGUAUAGGUACGAUGGGAUUGUCAUCGUCACAUUAUGUGCACAAAAAUCCCAAAAAAAAAAAUAAAGAGAAAAAAAAAAAUAAUAAUAUGAUGGCAGUUGGACACGAUUCCUUUUUUGGGCAAAUUUGUAAAGAUCUUGAAAGUAUUAACAUUGCGCAUGCU